GUUUUCGUAAAAAUAAGGUGACCCAUCCUCCUGUGAUGAAAGGAGCGUAUUUCUGCAUAUCCUUCAUAAGCAUUUGUACUCGCUGGGAUUACUGGAAACAAUAAAUAAUUGACAACUGUGUUAUUAUUAUUUUUCUGACACAAGACUUCACAAGAGAACUAUUAAUGACUUUACGCUGUCCAGUGAAACCUAUAAAAUUGACUUGCAGAGUUCUUAAACACUCCAGUCUGAUUUUUGACUGAAAUCGCUUCGAUUUUUUUGCCAUCGUGCAUAUUCCCGACUACUUAACUUUUUGUUCUCGUACAAAAUUUUUUACAAAAAACUGAACUAAUUAAGUAACACUCAAGAAGGUAGUGAACAAUAAUUUUACUUGCACUUGACCCGUUCCAGUAUUAUCUUAUUACAAGAGUAGAAGUCGCGUCAUAUCAAAUUGAAUGAAUCACAACGACCGUGUGCCGGACCGCACCAUUCUCUCAAAGAAGCUACCCCCUGAAAACUGCUGGUUCAAGCCAAACUCUUUUCUCAAUCCAUCCCUCCCAAGGUGCAAUCUCGCUUUAUAGCACUGGCUGAAACCACCCCCACCAAAAUAAUCCCAUUUCUCACUUUGUACUUCCCCUCCUCGUCAUCACCACACCAUGCAUUUCUACAUCUUCUCCUCCGACAAAGGUCCCCGACAACAGGAGUUGACAUCAAGCAAUUGUAGCGACGACGUGGUUGAACCCCCGGAGGAGAACGACACGGACGACGACUUGGUCCUCUCCUUUGAAAUAAUCAGCGAAGAGGAAGUUGCCCGUCUACAAUUUCCCUUUCUCCAGCCAUCGGCACCAAGCAGUAUGUCGUCAUCGUCGCCAUCCUCCAUUUCGAUCUCAUCCCAGGGGUCCAAUUCCAGCCUGGGUUCUACCGGAACGGGCGAUUAUUAUAACCCGUUCCCAGCAAAACCAUCUGUGAUAAAUCCAAAGCGUUUCUUCCGCAAGUCGCCUCCAAAGUUGUCACUUCCACCAUUAGAAGAAAAACUAACAACGGCGCCGAAAAAGGGACCACCCCCCGAACUCACUGAGGAGGAAAUGAUGUCCUCCACGGCCAGAAUUUGGUACGUAAUUCAGCUCAAAGGACAUUACAACCAUGGGCUGGAGGAGUCUGAAGAGGAAGACAGCUACUUCUACCACCAUCCCCCGUUAACAAUGGGAGAUCAUUCUUUGGCGACGAUGGAAGAUUCUUCUUCCACAAAAAUGACCGGCUGGUUUUCCAGUCUUCUUCACCUUCCUCAGAAAAUUAAGCAGCAUCAGGCCGACAAGCACCGUUUCAAUGUCAACACGUCUUCGCCCGAAGUUCGAGAACAACUGAAGCAUUUGUAUGUCUACUGAAUUACUGAUUUUUAUGACCGUCCUCAAUAAUAUGUCGACCUUGAUGAUUAUUGCAAUCUGAUUACUAUUACAAAUUUUACUGUAUCGUUAUUGCCGAUAACUAGUAUUACUUAAUAACUAACAUACAUACAUUUUACUUUUAGCUGGAGGAAAGUUAAAUAUCUUAUAAAUGGAGUUUUUAUCUGUAGAAAAGUGAGAAUUUCUAUUAAACUUUAAGAUUAUGCCUUAAAUUUUAAUAUAGUGAAUAGUUUCAACUGAUGCAUUCUUUCUAUAAGUUACAGCAUAAUUAAGAAAUAAUUUUAAAACGUCAAAAAUAAACAUUUUUGUACAUUAUUUCUUAUAUACAUAAUAUAUAUACGAGAAUGAGAAGAACACAUAAAAUUUUAAAAAAACGUCAAUGAAGUUUUCGAAAGAUUAUUAUUUGCAUAAACUCAUUAGUUUUCAUGAAGGAUUGAAAUAACAUUUGUACUUGUUGCCAUUUUCAUUGGUGUGAACGACCCUAAUCCAGAGCUGGAGUUUGGAGUCAACGAACUGUCCGUCGUCUCAAAUUUCUCAAAUUUACUUUUCUUUCUCAAGUUCAGAUUGUGAGGUUGGUCAUUUUCCGUCAGCUCAUCUUCAGUUGCCAGUAAUAAACACGGAUUUUGUGCCUGCGCCAUGUUUUUCGCCCAGGAUGUCUUGUACAGCGACGGUCCCCUCUCUCUUAUGUGGAUGGCAGGGAACAAUGAGUUCAAGGGGAAGGAUUUCAAAUCUCGGAGAAAUAAGACAUAUUUGCUUCUUUUGAACUCGAAUAUUAUAGAACUUGCGGCUCAAGUUCGAAAGUAUUUUCCUGCAAUGGGAUCUGCUCAUGGACUAAGUUUGAGGAAAGUUUCAAUCUUGAUCAAAGGUCUCAGCAUAAUUUAUCAAAAACAAAUGCAGCACUUGGCAUGGAGCAUGCACACUAUUCAUUUACGAAUGAGUAUCAGUGCCAAGCAGCUUCGACAGAUCGACUUGCCAGUGGAAACCCCAUCGCGGACGACUCAUCGAAGCGUUGUCCCUCAACCAGUUGAAACUUUUGGAUUUGGAGAUUUCGAUGAAACAUUAGGAGCGGAUUUGCUGGUUGAUGAAUUUCGUCCGCGUUGCUUUACUUCAAAUGCAGUACUUCCAGAAGUUGUUGUACGUCCUGCUAUUACUGAAACACCAAAUUCUGAUGAGCGAGGCACUAGUAGCAGAAAGCGAAAACGUCAUGUUCAACAAACCGAGGAAGGAUUUGACGAAAGUCAAGUCUUAAAUCUGUUGGAAGAGGCCAUAUCUCGCAACCCAAUGGCACAUUGCCUUCUUGAAGAUGAUGCCAAUCAACCACAGCGAGAAUUUGAAGGAUUCGACCAAUUUGGUGAUAUGGGAAUGGGAUUCGGCGACUAUUUGAAUGAAAACAUGGAAUCUAGAGCCGGAAGAACGACUGAAAAUGACGGCCCAGCAAUAAGCGUAGAAAAUCCGAUGUUACUCUCUCCAGGGGACAGAGUCACCACACGGAAUCUAGAUGAUGGCGAAGGUCGUCAUGGACGUUCAAGGAAACGCCCAGCAAGUGUAUCUGAAGCAGGCGAUAUUGAACAAGAGAUUGGGCAACAACAAAAUGUUGAAUCUGUACUCGGUACUCAAAGCACAGUAAUGAGUACAGAGGGAGAGCAAUUGGACUUACAAUCCCUUCAAGUAGUUGACCGGCGGAGGGGACGUCGACGCUAUCCAUUACAAAUUGAUCAAGAGACGCUCAUUACAUUGCAAUAUAUGCAUAUGCAAUUGCAAGCACAAAAACGACCCUUGGACUACGACGAAUUGGAGGAGAUGAGACAAUCUGAUCGUAACGGCCUUGUGGAAAAGAAAAAUAAAAAGAUAGCGUUGGAUGUCCUCCUAGAAAGCGCAAUUGGCAGACAAACUAAUGUUGGCUCAGCACUCAAGCAAUUUAUUGGACAGGCUCACGCCACAGCUUUACUUCCUGUACCAAUUCGUGAUCGGCUUCCAGAAGAACUAGGAGGCAAUCUUAUUGCGUCGAGAAAUGUGCGUGAAGAAGGAACUUUACCAGGAGGAGUUUCGACUUUUGGGAUACAAGGAGGACAAAUUGCAAGUGAUAUUGGUAUGGACAUGCAAAACGAAGUAGAAUCAGAACAAGACAAUCAGAGCGAAAUGGGUCGGCAAAUAAUGAAUGAUGUGCAACAGGGCGAAAUGGAAUACCAAGCACCGGAAUUUGACAUCCCCGAAAUUAUUCUGCAUCCUCCAGAAGUACAUCCAGAAGAGCUUGGCGUUGCUGGACUUGGUGAUGAAACGGUUACUUUCAAAAAGUUGUUUCCACCUGGGAAGAUUUCAAAGAAACAGGCAGCAACGGGAUUCUAUCAAUUACUCAGAAUGAAAGCGAUGCACAAGGUGGAGCUAAAGCAAGAUGAACCAUACGGAGAUAUUUUCGUGUCCAAAUCAGCUUAGAAGUGAUAUGAAAAAUAGUAUUUAUUACCAGAAGGUAUUAUCUUCCAUAUUUUUGUUUGUCUUCGUGAAGUUGAACUUUUUAGGCUUCUAUUUUUUUUACUACUAGAUGCAUAGAUUUAAAUAUAAUUAUUACUUUUGAACCCGUUAUUUGUUUGCAUUUUUCUAAUUAUCCAAUAUUUCUUAAUCGAGAUGUAUGUAAUAAAUAAAUUACAGUUGUCCAGAAAUAAAGUAGUGUCCCAAAAAUAGAGCAUGUUGUUUCGUAACCUAAUACAUAAGUGGUUAAUGGAUUCUGGGUAUUGGAAAAGUAGGUAUUCUCAAUCGCUGUCCAUUCCUCUGCUUGUUUUUAAUUAUAUCUACAUCAUUCAGUACAACGAAUGUAUAACCUUUGAGAUGAUGACACAUGCAUGUUCAUCCUUCUUAAUGGAGGUGGGUCUCAUAAGUAUGCAAAUCUGAGGAUAAUUACAUAAAUCUGUUGAUUACUUUGUAAGAUAUUGAUCUGCGUCUGAUAUAAGUAGCUCCAGAGCUUCAGGUUCUGCUCAGUUAUCAGUUGAAAUUUGUUGAGCAAGCAGCAGCAAGAUAUCUACCCCAUCAAUCUGCUUAGUUGUGUGACGACUCGCUUCCUAUAAUCUCUACAGUUUAGAACGAGUAUCAACAUUGGCAAAAUGAGGCGUGCCAGUUUCAUGAACAAACAACUCUCUCAGUCCCACGAUGAAGGUCUGGAUGAAAACGGAAACUUUGACUUGGUCAGCUCGGAAACUGACCGUUAUAUGCUAUCGCCCCCACCACAAUCUGCCGGUUUUCUCGCCAAUUCGAGAUCAUUCUCAAACUUCAAGUCGGUUUCAGGAGGAAUGACAUCAAGGCCAUCAUUCAUCUCUCUCAUGUUAAUCGCUUCUGACGACGAGCUAUCCAGACUUCCCAAACUUCCAGCCCCACUUCAAGUCGAAACAGACACGUAUCAAAAAUGUGGCUGGGAAGAUGAACCUAAAAAUUGUUCUCACCUCCCAGUUUUGCACCCACCCUCCGACUCUGAGGACGAAAGUGAAGCCCACAAUGGAAUUUUACAAACUAUUAUACAUUUACCAGAGAGAAUGCGAAAAAUUUCUGCAGACAAGCAAAGAUUUAAUGUUUAUGCCCUUCCAGAUCAGGAUAGAAAGCAACUUAAAAAUUUAUAUGUUUUUUAAAAAAGUUAAAAAAUUGUAUGCAUAUUUUUGUAAGUUAUCGGAAUUAUAGAUUAUUAAAAUAAUUUAAAUAUAUAGGUAAUAAUAAUGUUCCUUUAGAUUUAGUUUAAACUUGAAUAAGAAGAAAACCUAAGUUAUAUCUACUAAUAAUUACAUUUCUUGAAAUGUCUCAAUUCAACUAUUUAGUUGAGUUGUAAAUAAAUUUUCCAAGUUAUAAAAAAAUCAA